GGGGAGGCGGGGAGAACAAACUCCACCCCCCCGCAAAAGCCAUUCUACCCCGGGCAAGGGGCCCGCCUGCAGCCAGCGGCCGCUCCCUGCUCGGGACAGCGGGCGAAAAGAAAAAGCUCAGCCCACCGCUAAUAAGAAGGAACUCUCGGUCUCACUCCGGCCGCGCUCUCGCCUCCUCUGCACGCCAUGGAGCUCCACGCUCAGUACGUUGUGGUGGGCAGCUUCAUAGCCUACCUAAUCUUGCAGUUAAUACGCUGGAUCCGAGCUGACAGCGAUCUCACCGUGCAGUGGGCAGAAUGGUGGGGCAAGAAGCCCGAAAAGGAGCUGCCUAGGAAAGUUGUCUGGGUGACUGGUGCCUCCAGCGGAAUUGGAGAAGAGUUGGCCUACCAGCUGGCCAAAAUUGGCUCUUGGCUUGUAUUGUCGGCAAGAAGAGAAAAUGAAUUGGAGAGGGUGAAAAAAAAGUGUCUUGAGAUCAGCAGUCUAAGUGAUAAAGAUAUCCUCAUUUUGCCACUUGAUUUGACUGAAAGGGAAUCCCAUGAAUCUGCCACAAAGACAGUCCUUCAGCAUUUUGGAAGGAUUGACAUUUUGGUGAACAACGGUGGACGUUCUCAGCGUUCUCUUUUCGUAGAUACAAACAUUAGUGUUUAUAACGCUAUAAUGGAACUCAAUUAUCUGGGCACUGUUUCCUUAACCAAAUUUGUCCUGGACCACAUGAUUCAAAGGAAGCAGGGAAAGAUUGUCACGAUGAGCAGCGUCAUGGGUGUCAUGGGAGCUCCCUUAGCAACUGGGUAUUGUGCCAGCAAACAUGCUUUGCAGGGCUUCUUUAACUCUCUUCGGCCUGAGCUUGCUGAUUAUCCUGAGAUAAGUAUAAUCAAUAUCUGCCCAGGGCCUGUCCAGUCACAGAUUAUCCAAAAUGUCUUUACUGAAGAAAUUUCAAAGGUUAAUCAAAACGUUGGGGACCAAUCUCACAAAAUGACAACUCACCGCUGUGCUCGCUUAACCUUGGUUAGCAUGGCUAAUGAUGUGAAGGAAGCCUGGGUCAGUGACCAUCCCUACUUGGCAAUUUGUUACAUGUGGCAGUAUAUGCCCACCUGGGCAUGGUGGCUAUUGAACAACAUGGGAAAGAAGCGGAUAGAGAACUUCAAGAGUGGAGUGGAUGCUGAUGUUUCUUACUACAAAAAGUCUUCUUAAGAGAAAGAAGCAGCCGAGCAUUCUUUCAAACAUGAACCAGCAUAAAGAAAAGAGGAACCUCUGCUUGAAAAGUUUAUGGUUUGGCAAAAAAAGAUGCAAAAAUGUGCAACAAAAUGGAUGUACCUGUAAAAAGCUUCUGCCUUUGCAGCAUGAAAUGGCUAGUUCUUUCACUUGUUGGCUUUUCAAUAUAUACAUCAGGAUGAUGAUUCAAAUCUAUCUUUUUCUCAGCCCAUCUCCUCAAAUACUGGUUGGGUUUAUAUAACACUAGCCUAUAACAUGGUUAUGAUCUACUGCAGGAAUGUGCAAUCUCCACUGGCUUCAGAUCCACACAAACUUUUCAUAGUAUGCCAGGGACUGUAUUCUUAAAGUGAAUUGGCCAGGAUCCAUUCUCAGGAGCUCCAUGGAUGCAUUAAGCCUCUGCAGUGCUUAAAGUGCUUAUUUCAGCCAAUUAAACCCUUCCCUUUCAAAAUGCAAAAACAGCAACAUUUUUGGCCCCAGUCAGGAUUGGGACUGAGGAUGGGAAAAUGAAUGGCAAAGGGCCACAAACAAGACCCAGCCACAUUCACAAUAUGCUAUAUGAACCACAGUGAUUAUGUUCUCUUAAUAAAUAGCUUAUUAUAAUAUAUGAGCUCAGUCAUAUUUUUGAAACCUUUAGUAAAUCACUUAAAAUGUGCUCUAUUUCAGUCUUUUAUAAGCUAGCUUAAUAACUUCUAUCUGCUAUUUCCAACUCAACAAUGAAGUACUAAAAAGCCAGUGUUGAUUCUUGGAGUUACACUGUAUGAUUUACAGUUCUACCAACUGCAGAUGAACAGAAUUCUUUUUCACUGUGACAGGAAACUAAAUACAGAUUUUAUAGUACCUCUCCUACAAGCAAUAUAGCCUUAUGAUGGUAAAUCUGCUUGGUCAGGCCUUGACAACUCUAAACUUUAUGACUGAUCUGUCAGGUAGUAUAUUUGUCUCCCAUUGUGACCUGGCUUUCUGCUUUUUUGUGUACCCUCACAACCUAUUUUGUUGACCUCCCAUUUUUUCCUCGUUAGUAAAUAGGCAGGAUUUGUUUGUAAGUAGGAGCAUGGUUGCAAGUCUGUGCUUAUGGUUGCCGAAUGAGGCUGGAAACCAGGAUAUUUCUUUCCCCUAAUAUUCAAUUUGUAAUUCUUAACCAAUGUUUCUUUUUCAAAAUUGAAUAGAUAUUAAAUAUUUUUUUCAAAUAUCCCUUUCAUAAUACAAAUGUAUGAUUUAGCAAA